AAGGAUGAUGGUGAUAUGCACGAUAGAGCACCACGUGACGAUAGGCAGGCCUGGGGACGGGGGUCGAAUCUGGAGGGGCGGGAGGUGUUAGAGCACAUUGCCAGUUCCCACACCAGCCAGCCAACCAGGUGCACGCGCGGCCCCAAGACGUAUCCCUACACUCACGCCGCUCAGAGAGUAAUGAAGGGAGUCGGAGUGGUGAUAAUGAUAUGUGUGGAAACAGUGGCUCUCUCUGGCUCAACUGUCUCUAUCAGUGACAACAAGAACACUGUAGCUCCCUCUGCCAGGUAUGGCGGAGUUACUCACAUUUUGAUGAGACAUCGGGAAGAACAUCAAGUGAGUGAGUCAACCGUGAGUGAUGAUAAGUUUAGUGGUGUCAAGUUAGCGAUGAAUAGACACAACGGAAGUGAUCAUAACAUAACAGAAGAGUCUCAGUUAAUAGCAAGUAAUCUAAAUACAGGUAGUCAAAAUACUAGCACGGAAAGUGUACGGUUAACGGUAAAUGAUAAAAUAAGUGCAGAACACAGAGAUUCACCAGGGAAUUACUCAAAGACAAACGGGAAGGUGGCUUGGGGAGUGACAAAGGUGUCUACGAUGACGGCUGAACCCUUCAGUAAGGAAACCCAAAGUACGCUGGCAGACAAUGACCCAAACCAUAAGCGAGCCUCAGGUGAAAAUCCUCCUUUCCCCGCACCUCUUUCCGUUCCAGGAUUCACAUUCCCUUGGACUAUUAUGAACGUAACCACUAAUCUUGUUUCCGGUGAUUCAUAUGAGAGCAACAGGCACAAGAGUGAAGAAGUCGCUAGUGAGAGGAGCCAUGUGCCUCCAGAGUCGCUUCCUGGACCUCCACACAGCACAGCCAGGCAGUGGAGGGAGACGGCGAUAACGUGGACCAGUGAGCCUGAGGAGGAAGAAUGGAUGGAGAAAAAAGUUAUCACCAAAGGGUACGUGACAGCACUAUCUCGCCCACCAUACACCCUCGACCACACGUACUUGGACUCGUCACAAGCUGGGUUCUUCUGGUCGUGGGAGGCCAUCCUCUUGGUGAGCUUGCCAGGGGCGUGGCUGGUGCUGCUGGCGGUGAUGUGCUGCCUCACCCGCUCACGCAUGGGCAGGAAGCUCCUGCAGUGGCUUGGGCCACCACCACCAAACGACGACGACGACCUUGAACAGGGACACGGGAUCCUCUUCUUCGAUGGAAGUCCUGGGAUGAGGAGGAGCCUUACAGAUCCUGAAGGUGCCGCGGCUGAGGAAGUGGAAGAGCAGGCGGAACGAGACGAAGAACGGGAUGUAGAAAAGGCAGGAGGCGUCAAGACCAAAUACACCAGAGUGGAGGUGACGGCCAAACAGGCGAACGGGUUGACACCAAGGAUAGAGAGCAGUGAUAACGGAGGCUCACAUGACAAGCAGCUUUCUGAAAUUUCUCCGUUGUCGCCACUGAAGACACUAGCCUUCUUGGAGAACUUGACGAUGCAACGAAAACUGUCUCUGAUCUCUGAAGAAAGUUCUCAUUGACAAUAUUGGAACAAGCAGAAUUUUGUGGCCUAUUAUAUACAGUAUAAAGUAAAAGCCAUGUUGAACCUGCCUCUCAAAGUUCACUAGAGAAGGUGUGACUGGCAUGUGACAUAUGCCAGUGACUUAUGACAUGCCCGCCAGGGACAUAUGACAUGGUCCCCAGUGUCUUCAUCCCUUAAAGUGAAAACUUUGGAACAGUGUUAUCAAAGGGAAGGCCAUGAGGAUCUCACGAGAGAAAUCUUAAUUAAUUUUUAGCAUUUAUAUUCAUAGUUAAACACUUGCAGCAUAUUCAGUUAUCAACACCAUUACUUCUUAAUAACGAUUAACAUCACGUGUUAAAUUUCGUGAUUUACACACACACACACACACACACACACACACACACACACAC